AACAAAGCUAACCCCACUUUCCUCUUCAUAUUUAAUCUCUCUUUCUCUCCUUUCUUCAACAAAUAUCUCCUGCUCUUACAUCUGAGUCUUUUUCUUUCUAACCUUCUGAUUCAUGAGUAAUCAUAUGUCCAUUAUGAAGUUCUUGAAUCAAAUCCUCUGUCUCUCUCUUAUCCUCUCCAUAUCCAUGACUACUCUUUCCUUUGCUCAGACAUGUUCUAAAUACAAGUUCUCCAGCAACAAUGUCUUUGACUCUUGCAACGAUCUUCCUUUUCUUGAUUCCUUCCUCCAUUACACUUACGAGUCUUCCACCGGGAGCCUCCACAUUGCUUAUCGCCACACUAAGCUCACCUCUGGUAAAUGGGUUGCUUGGGCUGUGAACCCAACGUCUACGGGAAUGGUGGGAGCUCAAGCCAUCGUUGCUUAUCCACAAUCAGAUGGUACUGUCAGGGUUUACACUUCUCCCAUCAGAAGCUACCAGACGAGUCUACUAGAGGGUGAUCUGAGUUUCAAUGUCUCUGGUUUGUCUGCAACUUACCAGAACAAUGAGAUCGUUGUGUUGGCAAGUCUGAAGCUUGCACAGGAUCUUGGGAAUGGUGGAACCAUUAACACAGUGUGGCAAGAUGGGUCAAUGUCUGGGAACAGUCUUCUGCCUCAUCCAACUUCUGGCAACAAUGUUCGAUCAGUGUCAACUCUCAAUCUGGUAUCCGGUGUUUCAGCAGCUGCAGGAGGAGCUGGAGGAAGUUCCAAGCUUCGCAAACGCAAUAUUCAUGGAAUAUUGAAUGGAGUGAGCUGGGGAAUCAUGAUGCCACUAGGGGCAAUCAUUGCUCGAUACUUGAGAGUAGCCAAAUCAGCAGACCCUGCUUGGUUCUACAUUCACGUUUUCUGCCAGGCUUCUGCUUACAUCAUCGGUGUUGCCGGAUGGGCCACUGGUCUCAAACUCGGUGGCGACUCACCAGGGAUUCAGUACAGCACCCACCGUGCCAUCGGGAUCGCUCUCUUCUCUCUAGCGACAGUUCAGGUGUUUGCGAUGUUUCUGAGGCCAAAACCAGAGCACAAGCAUAGGCUCUACUGGAACAUUUACCACCACACGAUCGGCUACACGAUAAUCAUCCUAGGGGUGGUGAACGUUUUCAAAGGGCUAGGCAUAUUGAGUCCCAAGAAGCAGUGGAAAAAUGCCUACAUCGGUAUCAUUGUUGUUCUCGCCAUUGUGGCCACCCUACUCGAAGCCUUCACCUGGUAUGUAGUCAUUAAAAGAAGGAAACUGGAGGCUAAAACGGCUCAGCAUGGAGCAUCUAACGGCACUCGGUCUCAGUAUGCUUAAGAUUAGCAACAGACUUGCUUCCUUUUCUCUUUGUGCAUAGAGACACAGUUAUUUAUCUGCUUAUCUAUCUGUUCCCAUAUGCAAUGAUGAUUUUUUACAUUCAUGAUUUAGGAUUUAUAAUGCCAUUUUUAUUUGAUCAACACUAAAGGAGUGUACAUGUGAAUUCAUAUGAUCUAAAAAAAUCCAGAGUAGUCAACAGCGUAGAUGCUGAGAGAGAGAAAAGAAACAGUACCUAAUAAAUAACAACAAUCUUUGAUGGUCC